CGUGCGGUGUGAUGAUGACACCGGUUGUACUCACUUCAACGUGAAUCGACGUUGUGUUAAUAUGUUCGUCUUCACGCCAGUGAUUUUAUUUUUCAUAACAUUCAGUUAUGCUAACACUUUAGAAUAUUUUGCAAAAUGCUGUGAAAAUGGAUUUAUUUUAAAUAAUUUUAUGAAAUGUGAAAUUUCACCAAAUAAUGAUAAUCUGACAACAAUUAUGGAUAUUUCUUAUGGAAUUAUUGACAUGAAUUUCACAUGCUCCACACAUAACAAGAGAAUAAUUUCAAACACAGAACCUAAAGUACAAGUGUACAUCGACAUUCUGUGCGCUGAUGUUGAUCCCAAUGGAACACUCAUCAUUCAAAAUUGUUCCUUCAUUCACAAAAGCAACAAUGAGAAAAUGUCUGAACAUUGCAAAAGUUUAUUCACCCCUAUAAAAUUUUGGGGUGCUUCAAUUGUAGUGUUCGCCUCGUUUAUUUACAUUUUCCCAUAUUCCAUCGUUGUCAUUUUGUAUUGCAUAAUGCCCGAUCUUCGUAGAAAAGCAUUCGACAAGGGAGUCGUGUGUUUUUGUCUAUCUCAAGUUGGUACCGCCGCAACAUUAGGUACAUUCGGCUAUUUUAAUCUCUGUCACAAUCAAAUAAUACCAAUUAUAAUCUAUUCAAUUGUUGGAUUAAUUCUCAUGUUUUUAACAAUAUCAUCAGUUCUUUGGAUGUUUAUAAUGUGUUUUGAUGUUACAUUGACAAUAACACGAUUUAGAUGGGCACCAGCGACAAAUAAUUUAUCUGAUCAAAAUCGAAAAUUUCGUACAUAUGCAAUAUGGGUUUAUUGCGGUAGUUUAAUACCAACGAGUGUUGCAAGUUUUUUUGAAUUAUCACCAACGGUGGGUAAAAAUUGUCCAUUUAAGCCAAAUUUCAUUAAUUUUGACGAUACAAAUUUUGCCGUCAUUGGCUAUGUCACAUUUAUACCGGCAAUUGUAUUUUUGGCAAAUAAUUUUCUAUUUAUUUACACAUCAUGGAGAAUGUUUCAAAUUCAAAAAUCAACAAGUAUGGCAACUGAGAAUCGAGCAAAGAAAAGUUAUAUAACAUAUUUGAAAUUAUAUUUUCUAAUGGAUGCACCAUGGUUGACUGGUGCACUCGGUGCAAUUUAUCCAGAUUUGUGGAUUUUAAAAUUAUUUCGCAUGGUACAUCCAAUUUUACUGUUAAUGGCAAUUUUACCAAGAAAAAUGGUGGUGAAUUCUUUUAAGUGUGAUGGUAAAAAAAUGAAAAAUAAUCAAAAAGAAAUGAAUAACGAAAAUGUUAAUAAAAAACAAAAUCCAUCGAAUUCAAUUAAAGUUAAAGUAUAAGAAACUAAAAAUUAGUUUUUUGAUAUUAUUUUACAUAUUUGUAAAGCGAGAAAAACACAUUAAUUGACGAGUGAUAUAUAUAUAAUUAUAAAAAUAAGUAUGAAAUUUUUAAGACUGA